GACGAAAAACUGCAUAGUAUGAUUUCAUCCUCAAAAUUUCAUAGCAAAGGUGAAACAACGAUAUUGUUAUUUUGGAAUGCUUGCGUGUAUAACUUAGAUGGAAACCUUUUAAAUCCAGCGAAGAGUUUAUAUUAUGUCCAAAAGUUUCUUUCGUGGGACCUAUGAUUAAUAGAAAAUAUGAAAGUAAGAGUGGCGGAUUGAAUCUGAAAAGAGAAAGUGAGGAAAGACGCGAUUUGCCUUAUCUCGCCGGCAGAACAACUAUGGGGAAUACUCUGAGAAGUACGGGAGGAAGAGCACCAACCGCGACCGGGAGAAGACAUUCGUCAGCAUUAAGUAGCGUAAGCCACAAAGACACACUUAAUUUUGAAAAUGGAAGCGAUUUACCGCAAUUUGCAGGGAAAUCGUCGAACAGUACCUCAAUAUUGAGCAGUAAUUACAUCCCGAGACGUAAUUCUUCAGAUAGUGGAUAUAACAGUUCUGGAAAAGGUUAUGAACCACGGGGUGAACCUGCGUUAACAAACAAGCUUCAACCGUUAAAUAUACAGGAUUGCAACAAAUUGGGUAAAAGCGAUUAUAGUCAGCUCAAGUCGCAUAGGAAUUUUAAGCCUGAAACUUACCAAGGAACUGACACAAGUGGAUGCCGUAGCAGAAGUUUAGACUUGAAUUAUAGGAGGUCUACUUCAUAUGUGACUGAUAGAUCUAUGUUGCCUAGAUCUCCAACAAGUGGAUCAAAUGGCCUUGUGGGGUUGCAAAAUUUGGGGAAUACUUGUUUUAUGAAUUCAAUUUUGCAAUGUCUCAGCCAUUGCCGGCCUCUAAAGGACAAAAUAAUUUCUUGUGAUGACUCUCUUCAGCAUAUUAAUAGACACAGUAAAAUGAAAGGAAAGCUGUUUUGUGCUUUUUCAGAUUUAAUCCAAACAAUGUGGUCCAAAAAUGUGACAGGUACUGAAGUCUCCCCACGCAGUUUUAAAAUGCAGAUUCAAAGAUUUUCUCCUCGAUUUGUGGGUUAUGAGCAACAAGAUUCCCAGGAAUUUCUGCGUUUUCUCCUGGAAGGGAUAAAUGAAGAUCUUAACAAGGCAGUGAACGCUAGUAAAAGAUCAAGUGCAAGUCAAGUAUCUCCUGAUUCAACAAGUAAAAGGAGUGAAAAGGAUUUGUCAGAUUACAUGUGGGCUCAGUAUAAACUAAGGGAUGAAAGUUUAGUUACUGAUCUAUUCUGUGGUCAAAUAAUGAGUACUCUGAGGUGUACUAAGUGCAAACAUCGAUCUGUGACGUUUGAUCCAUUUUGGGAUCUUUCUUUGUCAAUACCAAGGGUUUGGUUCGUAUCAGCUUCGAACAGCAGAUUUCAGAUGCUGUUACAUUCGAACUGUUUAAGGCUUUUCACGAAGAAAGAAGAUUUAGACGGAGAUGAGAAACCAAAAUGUGAGAAAUGCAAAACACGGCAGAAAUGUGAAAAACAAAUUAAGAUUCACCGAUUUCCCAGAAUAUUAGUUAUUCAUUUAAAAAGGUUUUCGGGAUUCGGUUACCGAUCAAAGCUUCAAACGGAUGUGGAGUUCCCAUUAAACGAUUUGGAUAUGUCUGAGUUUGCUUCUGAAUGUUCAGACGAAUGCUCUGAUAGAGAUUACUCUUCUAUCAAGUAUAAUUUAUUUGCCGUAUCCAAUCAUUGUGGUAGUGCGUUUGGUGGGCAUUAUACAGCAUACUGUAAACACCCUGAAACGAAGGAGUGGCAUAGCUUUAAUGACUCCAGAGUGGGUUCAUUAUCAAGUUCCAGUGUUCGAGGUUCACAAGCAUAUGUUCUCUUCUAUGAAAGAAAUGAAAGUUAAGUGGUGGCACUUGCUUGGCAUGUAGUGUUGAUUUUCCGUAUAUACAUUAUUUGUAUAUAUAUCUUAUUGUAUUUAGAUUUCAAUUUUUUA